AUGGAGAGUUGGAAUCAAACUUCAGAUGAUUUCAUUUUGUUGGGGUUACUUCCCCCACAUCCAACGGGCCUACUUCUCUUGUUCCUUAUCAUUCUUGUAUUCUUUCUCGCCUCUGUGGGCAACUCGGCAAUGAUUCACCUCAUACGUAUGGAUUCCAGGCUCCACACCCCCAUGUACUUCCUCCUCAGUCAGCUCUCCCUCAUGGACCUCAUGUACAUCUCCACCACCAUCCCUAAGAUGAUGUUCAACUUCCUCUCAGGCCAGAAGGGCAUCUCCUUCAUGGGAUGUGGGGUGCAGAGUUUCUUCUUCCUGACCAUGGCGUGUUCAGAAGGCUUACUCCUGGCCUCCAUGGCCUACGACCGUUACCUGGCCAUCUGCCACCCCCUUCACUAUCCCAUCCGCAUGAGUAAAAGGAUGUGUGUGAAGAUGAUCAUAGGAUCUUGGGUCUUGGGGUCUAUCAACUCCUUGGCACACACUGUCUAUGCCCUCCAUAUUCCUUACUGCCAGUCUAGGGCCAUUGAUCACUUCUUCUGCGAUGUCCCAGCCAUGUUGCCUCUGGCCUGCAUGGACACCUGGGUCUAUGAGUACAUGGUUUUUGUGAGCACAAGUCUUUUUCUGCUUCUUCCAUUCCUUGGCAUCACUGCUUCCUAUGGCCGGAUACUUUUUGCUGUCUACCAUAUGCGCUCAAAAGAGGGACAGAAAAAGGCCUUUACUACAUGUUCCACACAUUUAACUGUAGUGACCUUUUACUAUGCACCUUUUGUCUACACCUAUCUUCGGCCCAGGAACCUCCGCUCACCAACAGAAGAUAAGGUCUUGGCUGUUUUCUACACCAUCCUCACUCCCAUGUUCAAUCCCAUCAUCUACAGCCUGAGGAAUAAGGAGGUCCUGGGGGCCAUGAAAAGAUUAAAUCUGAAAAUGUCUUCAGAGAAAGUAUAG